CGACGUGCAGCUGGAGCGCGUGUUUCGGGGCUGCGCUGCCAGCAGGUGGUACUCUGUGGCGGGCUGCUGAUGCGGAAAGCCGGUUGGAUGGAGAGGACAGAGAUGGACUCCAGGCGGUCUGCGGUUAGUUGGGUCUUGCAGGUCAGGAGCUGCGCCUCCUCCUCCGGGUUGUGACUCCGCUGGACACCGGAGCUGACAUCUGACAGGCUGCUGCAGCGUCUUGCAGUGAAAGCUCGUCCCUGGAGAAUAAAGCGGGAUUAAAGCCUCUGCUGGCUCAGAGUGAGGGAUAGAAGAGCCUGACCGGGACAGCAGCUGCAGCCUGGAAACGUUGUUAGAUAACAGACCGACAUGGGAAAAGAAGUCUCGGUCACCUUGUAAGAUGUUUCCUCACCACAGAGAAAGGGAGCAGCCAAUCUUCAGCACCCGCGCCCAUGUUUUCCAGAUCGACCCCACCACCAAGAGGAACUGGAUACCUGCCAGCAAGCAUGCCGUCACAGUGUCCUUCUUCUACGAUGCCAACCGCAACGUCUACCGCAUCAUUAGUGUGGGCGGAACCAAAGCAAUUAUUAACUGCACCGUUACGCCCAGCAUGACCUUCACUAAGACGUCCCAGAAGUUUGGGCAGUGGGCCGACAGCAGGGCCAACACUGUCUACGGUCUGGGCUUCGCCACUGAGCAGCAGCUGCAUCAGUUUUCAGAGAAGUUUAAGGAGGUGAAGGAUGCUGCUCGCCUUGCUAGAGAGAAAUCACAAGACAAAGAACUGGCCAACACAGCGCUCACCAUCGCUGCCCCUCAGUUCUCACAGGACCUCUCGGAUGAACUCCAGUCUCCACCCAUGAUGUGUGUGAACGGACCGGAGGACAAGCUGUUUCGCAGCCAGAGCGCCGACAUCACUCUGUCUGCUGAAAAGGAGCGCAUUAAGAAGAUGCUGUCUGAAGGGUCUGUCUGUGAGAUGAACAUGGAGGCUGAGUUCUUCACUCUGCAGGACAGCAACUCCAAGUUGGUGGCAGCUCUGCACGAGGCUAAUGCUAACGUGGAGCAGUGGAAAAAACAGCUGGCGGCGUAUCAGGAGGAGACUGGUAGACUCAGAGAGCAGGUGGCUGAACUAGAGGCCCAUGGAGGUCAAGGACCCAGUGAUUUACUUAAGGAUGAGCUGACACAGUCCCUAGAAGAGCUGGAGGCCUUACUGAAGGCCAAAGAUGAGGAAAUCCACAUUUUGCAAAGCAAGAAAGCAGAAUACCAUGAGAUGGAGCAUGACAGGGACGAGGCUAUCCACCGAUUAAGGGAGUUGGAGAUGCGAAACUCUGAGUUGGAACGUCGCAUCCAGAACACAGAGCAGAACCUCAGUAACUCUCUGGAGGAGCGGGAUCGUGUGGACUCCGAGAUCCACAGGGCGAUAGAAAUUCUGGACAUCAAGAUCUUUGACCUGAACGACCUGCGGCAGAGUCUUGUUAAACUUAUUGACAAAUAGAGAAAGGAGAGGGUAGAAAUGUAAGCGAUGAGAGAAAAGAAAACAGACAGGGUUAAAUUAGCCUUGGCUACGGCAGGCUGGAGCUGCUCCCCAUCCUUCUCAAGCACAACAACCACUUUAGGUGCAGGAGGGUUGCUCCAUAUCUGUGUUGAACCAGUGGCUGUGCUGCAUCAUACCUGGUAGUGCUUGUCCAGUAACGCUUCAUGUUGCUAUUAAGGGUAACAUUCAAUGCAAUAUACCAACUAUAAGGUAAGUGCUUGACCAUGCUAGACAUUUAAACUGGUGCUUGUGGUUUUCAUGUCUGACUUUUCUAAACAAGGUGAAAGUGUAGUAUCAAUAUGAAUAAGAAGCCUUGUUUUUCAUCUUUAUAACAAAUGAUCACAUACAUAUAGGAGCAGCAUACUUAAUUAAAAAUGCAAACAAAAGUUAACAUUAUAAAACUACUGUUUAGAGUUUUCCAUGUUUAUGAUCCUGCAAAAAAUCAUUAUUACUGAGAAAUUACUCAAAUAUAUUAUGUUCUGGAAAUCUUGUAGUUAUGUUACAUUCAUAAUGUGAUAAGUUUUAAUAUGUAAUUUAAUGAAAGGGAGAAACUGAGUGGUGUUAGUGUUUGAUCUUAACGUAAUUCAACAACACAGACUAAAAAGAAACAGAAGUUAAAAUGUUGAGAACAGAGUGAGUAACUUGUCCAUUAGCUUGUCUUUUACUGGAUCUUUAUUUAGGUUAAUAAGACGUAUUUACAACCCCAGUUCUAAAGAAAGUUGGGACUCUGUGUAAAAUGUAAAUAAAAACAGAAUAAUCAGCUCAUAUUUUAUUCCCAGUAGCAGAUU